GGCUAGGCUAGGUGGAGUGGGGGUAGACACACAGACAGACUUAAUAUGCUAAGAAAGAGAAAAAAAAGGUUUGAGUUUGAGGUCACACAUUGUGGUGGUCUGUGACGAAGCCACUUUACCGUAGGUGAACUUCAGGUGAGAUACAGGGGAAGGAUGAGUAUACAGUUCUGUAGGUUAUCGUUUGCUGCUCACAGAGACACAAUGGGCGGGCGGUGGAACAUUGACUGAGGUCAUUGUCACAUUGCGUCAGUGUUGUACUUACUGGAAUAUAGUUGCCAGCAGCAGAAGGUGACAUCCUAGAAAACCAACCUGAAAGAAGUGCAUGAGAAGUUACUUAUCUUCCUUUUACCUGCCCAACAAAGAAACAGCCAUCCUACUUUCUAUACUGAGACCAGAUGGAACCCAUGUCGCUAUCUCCAAACGGGAGCAUUGAGGAAGUGGAGGACGGUCACAUAGACUACCUAGAUGGGGAGCUGGCACCCAAGGGCCUGCGGCGCAAGAGAGAGUUUAUCCCAAAUGAGAAGAAGGACGCCACCUACUGGGAGAAGCGUCGCAAGAACAACGAGGCAGCCAAGCGGUCGCGGGAGAAGAGGAGGGUGAACGAUUAUGUGCUGGAGAGCCGCCUGGUGGCCAUGAGUGAAGAGAACGCCCGGUUGAACACAGAACUGCUGGCCCUCAAACUCCACUUUGGCCUGGUGAGCCCUGCAGCCUAUGCUGCCCACCAGAACAGCCUGCUACGGCUCCACCAUGCGAACACCUAUAGCCCCCAGUCUCCGCCACCCAGCAGCUCAACCCAGUCCCUGGACAGGGAUGUCUACUGGGGCAGGAGUCCCAGCUACAGAGACCCUUCCACCCUGCCCACUUACCACCACCGACCCUCCGUCCUGACUGGGCAACCUGCCCCUGCCCUGAUCCAUCCACAUGCUCUACCAACCAGAAUGGGCUAUCCAUACAUCUUAGACAUGCCCAGUGUCCUCCACCCUGCAAACUCAUCCUCCCUUCUCCUGCCCCCGCUUCUCCCCCCUGCCCUAUCGUCGUGGCCGGGGGUUCCCCUGCUGAGGCCCACUGCUAAGAGAAGGUGUUCAGAGGAGGAGGGGGAACAGCAGGUCCCAGCAGCCUCCUCCAGCGGUGCAUUACCACACAAGCUGAGGCUGAAGACCCCCAGAGCUUCUACUGUCCUUAGGGAUGUCAGAGAUAGGGCCUCCCCCCCACUCCCGCUUUAUGUAUCUGACUGACCACACUGCACAGGGCAGACCAACCACAGCGCUGGAACAUUGACACCAAAGUUAUAGCAAAGACGUUAUGUACAACUUAAAACAGACAUUUGUUAGAUUUUUUAUUAUUAUUGUUUUUGCUUCUCUGCCAUGCUUCUUUAGUGUCCAAGUUAACGGGAUAAAAUCUAUUAUAGCAUACUUUACUGUCAAUUCUGCUUAAUUAGCCGGACUUUAAGUGUUUUAUAGCACUGAGAGACUCCAGUUCACUUACGGUAUGUUUGUAAAACUCAAUAUGGGCAGCCAAUAUAAUAAUUUGAUUUGAACUUUUUGGAAUGGAUGGAAUUUAUCUUUUCAAAUUAAUAAAUUCCUCUUAUUGUUCACUCUUUACUGAUUAGCACACAAACAGUGUGUGUGUGUGUGUGUGUGUGUGUGUGUGUGUGUGUGUGUGUGUGUGUGUGUGUGUGUGUGUGUGUGUGUGUGUGUGUGUGUGUGUAGGCUACCGCGUGGGUAAUGUUUAUGUUAUGUUGGCUGCCUGGUAAAGCAAGCACUGAGGUCUUGAAGUUGAGAUGAGGGGUAAAUACCAGACAUGACAUGAAAGGAGAUGAAUUUCAACAUAACUUGAGACAUAUUCUGUGUAUAAUAUAGGUGUGAGAACUUAGUGGUUAGUUACUUGUACCUGCUAUAACCACCACAAAUGGACUUAACGGAAUGGGGUAUCUAUGGUGCAAAUGACGAACAGUCACGGACUAAUUUAUUUGUCUCGGGCCAACUUAUUUGUAUUUUAAGACCCUCGAAAUCAACCUUAUAAAUCUUCUUAUGUA